AUGAGCGAGAGGUCGGUGCGGAACUGGAAUAAGGGACCGUUGCCGUCGGAGAAGAAGGACAGGAGAAGGAAGAGUACGAGACCGGACCCGUUCGCCGGCGUGUGGGCGGAGGAAGUAGAGCCUAUGCUCGAGGCGGAUGUGGACAGGAUACUCGCAGCGCCGACUGUUCUCGAGUGGUUGGACGAGCGGCAUCCGGGGCGGUUCAACGCAACGCAUCUGCGCACUCUGCAGAGGCGUAUGCGGGACUGGCGCGCGCUGAACGGUCCUGAGCGUGAGGUGUACUUCGAGCAGAAGCAUCCACCGGGACGUGAGGCGCAGAUGGACUUCACGCACUGCGACAGUCUGAAGGUGACGAUAGGCGGAGAGCCGUUUGCGCAUAUGGUGUUCGAGUUCAUACUGAGUCAUUCGGGCUGGCGCUACGCGCAGAUAUGUUUCAGCGAGACGUUCAUGGCGCUGAGGAGCGGCCUUCAGGGAGCGCUGUGGGAGUUGGGUGCAGCGCCGGAGGUGGUCAGGAGCGACAACCUGUCUGCUGCGACGCACAAGCUGAAGGACGGCAAGGGCCGGGACUUCAACGAGCGCUACAAGGAGAUACUCGACCACUACGGGCUGAAGGCUACCAGGACCAACUCGUACAGUGCGCACGAGAACGGGGUUGCCGAGCAGGGACACCGCAGGUUGAAGGACUCCAUAGCACAGGCGUUGGUCCUCAGGGGCAGUGCUGACUUCGAGUCGGUGGAGCAGUACGCCAAGUUCGUCCGGAGCAUAGUGGACAGGCGUAACAGGCUGAUCAGGGGAGAAGUUGGCUAG